AUGUCAAAUGAACAGGAAAUUUUAAAAGAAGAGACAGUAAAUUUGAAUGAAGAUGAGACUGUCUCAGUAUUAGUAGAUCCCUUAAUAAUAUUUAAGGAUUGUAUUUUGAGAAAUACAUUGGAUAAAAUUACAAAAAGUAAUAAUAAAUUUAUUUUUAAGGAUUAUAAUUGUAUAAUAGAUUGUAAUGUGCCUACCCGUUGUAGAAGUCGUCGUGGUGAAGUUUUUAGCUUAAUAGAUUUAUAUCUAUUUGUAACAGCCUCACGAAAUAAAGAAUAUACAUUUCGUUUUGCUCAAGAAUAUGGUUGUAAAUUUAUAAGUGUUUUAGAAAAAAAAAAUAUAUUAGAUUUUUUAGAAGAGAAAUUAAAUUAUGAAGAAGGUAUACCAUUAAAAUAUACAAUGGCAGAUGUAUCGAAAUAUGAAUGCAUUGCUGUAGACUUUCCAUUACAACCAUGUUAUUUAUUAGAUCCAAAUAUAAGGAAAAUUGAAUUAUUAUCUGAACCAUGGGUAGAAUAUAAUAAGAUAUCAGAUAUUUCUAAUUUAAUUGAAGUAAAUGAAACUUCGGGAUCACUCCAACAGAAUAAUUCAGUUUUAUUAAAAGAUCAAUCUCUUAUUUUGCCAAUAAAAUAUUUUCAUUCUAUUCAUCAAUUAUAUCCAAUAGGAGUUGAUUAUGUUUGCCCUGGAAUGGAUAUUCAUCAUCGUUUAAGUCAAUUGGUAAUGUUUAUGAGUGAACCACCUAAACAAGAUACAAAUUCUGGGGGGGCAUUACCAAAUAAAAAAGUAAAUAAAGAUCGUCAAAAUAUACCUAAUAAUAUACCAAAAUCUAUUUCUUCAGGAUAUAAUAGAUCAUCUCUUUUAACUUAUUUAAGAUCAAAUAAUUUGAAUCCUAUUAUAUUAGCACCAUUAUCCUCAAGAAGCCCAAUUACAAUAAAUAAUGUAGUAUCUUUUUUAAAGGAUAAGACAUUUAUAGAUCCAUCUACUGCAGAACGUCCUAAAGGUAGUUAUGAACAAACAGUAACUCUUAAAUUUGGUUCAGGAGUAUUAUCACAAGAUGUAGUAUUCCGUAUUGUUGAAUCAACUUUAAAUUUUAGGAAGAGGGAUUGGUAUUCACUAGUUGCUAUGUUUGUUACUGGAGUAGAAUGGCAAUUAGAAGCAUUUCCAUUUAAAUCAAUACCAGAUAUAUUUUCAAUUAUUAAAGGAUAUCAUAUUACUUAUGAAUCUGAUUCAAUUCCUGAAAAUAUUCGUAAAUGGAAUGUAGAAGUUGUUCGUAUAAAUAGAACAAGUCGUCAUAAUGAUGUUUCAGUAUGGCUUCAAUUUAUGGCAUCUAUAGAAAGUUUUUUGGCAUCCCCUAGGGAUCAUUCUAAAUAUGAUAGAAGUAAAAUGAUUACAAAUUCUUAG